UGUACAAAGUGGUGGUGGUUGCUGCGGGGAAGACUUGGUUUAUCUUCAGAAGAUACAAUGAAUUCCACAAACUCUAUGAAAUAUUAAAGAAGAAAUUCCCUGGUGCAGACCUCAAGCUGCCGGGUAAGAAACUCUUCGGGAACAACUUUGACCCAGAAUUCAUCCGGCAGAGAAGAGAAGGCCUCCAUGACUUCAUCCAGAAGAUCAUUAACAAUCAACAGAUUUUACAACAUGGCGAGGUCCAGAACUUCUUGUCGCUCGAUGACCCAAGGAACAAUUCUGACAACAGCGUGACAGACGAGAACAACACAGACUUCUUCAGCGAUCCCAAUGAUCCUAACACUAUCUUUCUGGGACCAUCGGCCAAUCCUUCGGCAAGACCAAGUGACUUUGAUUUCCUGAAGGUGAUAGGUAAGGGGAGCUUUGGCAAGGUGCUGUUGGCCAAACACAAGAUAGAUGGGAAGGUGUAUGCAGUCAAAGUGCUACAGAAGGCGGCCAUUGUCAAAAGGAACGAGGCCAAGCACAUCAUGGCAGAAAGAAGCGUGCUACUCAAGAACCUGAAGCAUCCAUUCCUUGUCAGUCUGCACUACUCCUUCCAGACGGCAGACAAACUCUACUUCGUCCUGGACUACGUCAACGGCGGGGAGCUCUUCUUUCAUCUGCAGAGGGAGAAAUCCUUUCCGGAAGUGCGCGCCAAGUUCUACGCUGCGGAGAUCGCCAGUGCCAUCGGAUACCUACAUUCCCUGGAUAUCAUAUACAGAGAUUUGAAGCCUGAGAACAUCCUUCUUGAUCACUACGGUCAUGUGAGACUAACAGACUUUGGUUUAUGCAAGGAAGGAAUCGCAGCCAAGAAAACUACUUCAACAUUCUGUGGCACACCAGAGUAUCUGGCACCAGAAGUAUUAAGAAAGCAGGAGUAUGACAGGAGUGUGGAUUGGUGGUGUCUCGGUGCUGUCCUCUUUGAGAUGAUGUCAGGAUUGCCCCCAUUUUACAGCAGAGACACAGCUGAGAUGUAUGAUAACAUUCUGAACAAGCCACUCCGAAUGAAGAGCUCCGUUUUCUCACCAAGUGCCAAGAGUCUCCUCGAAGGGCUAUUACACAAGGAAAGAGCCAAGCGACUUGGGGCUGGAGAGAAGGGUUUCAAGACGGUCAAACACCAUGAGUUCUUCUCCUCUAUCAGUUGGUCAGACCUGGACGCUAAGAAGAUAACCCCUCCUUACAACCCAAGAGUGAGUGAUAACAUGGAUGUGAAGAACAUCGAUCCAGAAUUCGUCAGGGAACCCGUUCCAAAUUCUGUCGGCAAGUCAGUUGACCCCAACACAGUGAGUGCAAGCGUGCAGGAUGCCGACAAUGUCUUUGAAGGCUUCACGUACGUCCCUCCCACCGUCGGAUUAGAUGAUCCUUAGGCAUGGUGCGAGAAGAACAAACAUUGAUUCCCCAUUCAUUGAAUUACCUCCUAUUAUUAAUUUGUUUUAAUGUGAAAUGUUUUUUAAAGACUGAAACCAAUUUGACUCUGAAGUUUGCGCUUUGUGCCGAUUCCAACGAUGUAGCGUUGUUGUUUUGGUGAUUAUAAUCAGCGGCUGGUUUUGUUGUCAGGGGGUGAUUCACUCAGCUAAAAUCAAUUGAGUCUAUGAUAGUUGUUGGCCAACCAAAUUGUUUGAAAUUGAUUUUAUCUCACAUGAAAUUGAUUUUAGCUUUCAGUGAAUCACCCCUUGAAAUUGAUUGGUUAACGCUUUUUAACCCUCAGUUGGGCGAACAGUGAUCAUGCUGAUUUGGAGAUAAAGGUGUUUUAUGAAAAAUGAUUCUACAGUAUUUGAAGAGCUUUUAACCUCACUUUAAUAUGUAAAUUGAGCAGAAAGAGAAGAAACUGUCAAAUUCCUGCAUGUAAUUCUGGCAGGUCGUGAGAAGAUUAUUUGUAGUUUUGAGUUCAACUCAUGCUAUUAUUGCCAAGUCGAUUAUUUUCUUGCCUUGUAUAGCAUCUUAUUUUGAAAACUCAGAUACUAUAUUUAUAUCUAUACAGACCAAAAAUCUAUAGACAGUUUGAAGUGAUGGCCAUGACCUAUCAUGCAUGGGAUUGAUUGAAAAAUAGGUAGACUUCCUAGAAUGUUUCAAUUCGGAUUUAUCUGUUACUAGAUCUGUACCGGAUUUAGUAGCUGAAUAUUUUGUUGAUCAUGAAUAUAAGAAUCUAUUUUCGCAAGAUGUCAGUGUUGUAUAUCCUUCGUUCAUUCUUGUUCUCUUUCAUCUGUUCUUUCCUUUCUUUACACUAUCUUUUAUCCUUCUUCCUCUCUUACAUGAUGUCAUAUUUGACAUGCCGGACAUGUUGAAUUAGUGAAGCAAAACGUGCUCUAUUAGAAAUCUGUGUGUUUCACAAACUAUAAAUAAAAUUAUUCUUCAGAAAGUAUGAAUGAAUCAUUUCCUCUUAAUCUUUUUCACAUUCAUUCCCCAACAUCCUUUUUCUCUACACAGUAUUGAAACAAUGACACUGUUACUGUCUCAGACCUGCCAACCAGUACGUUUUAGCCGUAUUUCGUACGUUUUUGCAACCAAAAUACGGCAGUACGUUUUUUCGAUUUUUUUUAUUUUAUUUUUUUUUACAAAAUCGUAAUUUAUUGAGAAAAAUCAUGUCUAUAUGUCUGUAUUUCAUAAAACGUACACAAAUAUGGUUAUUAGAUCAAUGUAAUUUCAGGUAACUUGUUUUUUUUUUCGAUCGUUUUGUUAAUACCAGGGUGAAGAUAUACACAUUUUUUUUUUUUUUUUUUUUUUCACCUGCAAGAGCAGUGCGCAUUUUAGCUUGCAUGCAGCUUGAGCGCCGCGAUGAGCGAGUGCACCAAGCAUUUUAUUAUGAAAUACACUUUUUUUGGAAAAAUACAGUUUUUUUUAUCACAGAAUACAGUUUUUCAUUCCCAGAGGUUGGCAGGUCUGCUGUCUUUUGAUGCUGAAAAUUUUUCUUGUUGGAAACUUUGAAUUUGAUUUCUGUCUUAAUAUCUUUCCACCCCCACAAAUGAAUUCAAAACUUUAUUAAUAAAUAUAUGUACUUUUGAUUGCUAUAUUAACGAUUUGGUUAAAUUAAAUCUUAUGCCAUUCAAUUUAAUAAUGGUUUAAUGACAAGCUUUUGUCAACAAAAUUGUGAUGGAGCAUGUUGCACUUCAUACCAACAUUUUAGAGAGAAAAAUUAUUAUACUCCAGCGUUCUUCAUUCAUAUGUACAGUGUAGCAUUCUGUGCCUUCAUGCAUGAAAAUUCUUUCUUUUUAUUGCUCAUUUUAAUUCUGGAAAGAUUUUUGUUUUUAAUUUUGGCUUCAUUAGACUGGAAUGGGGGAUGGAAAGUGCUUUAAUAGGAAGACAGUAUGGCUCCUCUUUCUAAUCUUGUUCUGUAUAUUGCAUAUCAUACUUAUAAUUCUCUUUUCCUUAAUUUAUACCGUACAAAUUUACAAGUUGAAUAAUAUUUUGUUAGUGGCCCAUUCAAAGGACACAGUAAGAGAAAUAGUUAGAAAAGGAACAAAUACAUUACGAAGAUUGAGAGAUUUUUGUUGUCGGAAUGUGAUGUAAAUGAAGAGAUAGAUUUUCAAAGUAAGAGAUUCAGGGCAUUGUAAAAAAAAAUGUAAAUAUGUACAUGAUUCAAUUAGAUGAAAGAUAUAAGAGAAGAAAUACAAUGCAGUUGUGAUAUCAAUGUCUUGUAAAUGUAUUCAAAUUCUUAUUUUGGUGCCUAUACAUAUGCAUUCUCGUUGUCUGUUGCUUACUAAAGAACAUUUUACUGUUGACUUUCUGAUGAAUCUAUAUCGUUAUUGCAGCUUUUGACAUGUGAGUUAUUAUUGGAUUUGUCCUGAAAGCAAAAAACAAGUAAUCUACGGACUUUAUGCAUUCCCAUCAUGCUUUGCCCAGUGACCUCGGAUUCUAUUGAUUAUGAAAAGCUAUUGAAGGUUCUAUGCAUUAAUUUCUCUUAUUUUGUUGUCAUGUUUGAUAUAUUAUGUUAUGACAGGGAAUUUGUACAAUCAAAUUUGGAGGAAAAAAAUGCAGGGACAUUUGAAUUUCAAGAUUUGCAGUUUUUGAUGCUUUUCAACAUGUAAAAUACAUUCAUUAUCAUUCAAUGUUGACCAGAAUGUUUAUGUUUUAAUUAGUUAGUUUCCGUAACAAGGAAAGAAAAAAAUCAUUUUACGAACAAAUUAUAUUGAACUGCUGCUUUUAAUUUCCCAUCCCACCUUUAAUGCUAUGUAUAUUUCAUGAAUGAUCAAGAAUAUGUCACUGAAAUUUUCUUUCACUGUAAAUGCCAUGCGUACUGCCAACUUCAUUUGUGUUUUAGUGCUUCCCUCCCGCGACCAUGAUUUGCUUUCAUUUCAAUGUUUCAGAUUUAUUCAGGUUUGAUUGCUUUCUGUUCUCUUCAGGAAUUUUAUUGUUAACUGCCUGUUUAAUAUAUGCAUCAUUGAUAAUAACUUCAGAUGGGUUGCUUUUUGAAACAGUAACAAAUGCAUUGUUUUUCAUUUGGAGUUUUCUUACAUAGAUUUCAACCUUUUAACACUCAAUGCUGUUUUGUUGCAAUACUGAUGUUUCUUAUUACACCAAAAAAAAAGUUUUGGUUUAUAGGACAAAUAUAGACAGUAAUAUUAUUUUGACAUUUUUUCUUUUAAUUCCUAUUCUUCUUUUUACAAUCCAUUACCCUGGCAUAGUACAGCGUACUUAGUUUAGUUUAUUUACAAUUUCUUUUUGUCUUUGAGACAAACUCUCUCAUUUCAUUGAAAUUAUGUGUGUAUGCUAUGCUUUUUUACCAGAUUGAUGGUUUGUUUUAUGCCAUAUUUAUGGACAGAGUAGUUUUCAAAGUGAAUAUGCAUAUACAUUCUAAUUUGGCUGCAUUCAUUGAAAUGGAUCGAAAGUUAAAAGAAUACAAAGUCAUACAAGUUUAAGCAAACGUUGCAUAUUCAUUUCUAUUGUUAUUCAUACUGUUUCGGACUUGGGUUCAUAAUUCACAUAUAAUUUUAGCAGUUAUAGAGGAGUGGCAAAAUACGUUUGCGAUCAAUUGCAAAUUUUCUGAUGUGAACUAACAAUUGAUAAAUAUCAAUUGAUACCAGAUCGAAUUGAUUUUUACCGCUCUAUAUAGAUGAUAAUGUACCAUAUCAUUUGAAUUUCUUAUGAUUAGUAGAUUAUUUUUUGUUUUAAGUUUUGCAAUAACCAGGUGCUGCAUAUAAAGUAAAAUGCAUGUAUGGAGGCAUGACAUUAAUUUAAUUUUAAUUUGUUUUUUAAUCUUUAAUGAUUUGAUUUCAUUCUUUUUAAUUACUUUUUAAUUAUUUAUGCUUGCAUCAAGUUGAAUCAUGUAGUAUCUAGAAUAGACAAGUUAUUGGUUGAUUUUAAAAAUCAUGAUUUGAUAAAUGUAGUAGAUGUUCCUGUAUAUGCAAUGUAGUAUGACAUUGUCUACAUACUUAUUGAACCUAAAAUGAUAUAAUACUUCAUGACAAAUCAUGUCAACAAGAAAUGUGGCCAAAUAUGAAAAAAAAAUGCAAAUCUACUUCAUUUGACAUUAAAUCAUUAUGACCAGUCAUUAAUACAUUGCCAAUGCCUUGUUGUUAUUAGUAUUAAAGUUCCAAGGAAUGAAUUGUAACAUUUACAAAAGACCAAUUUAGUUUGAAGGAUACCUUAGUAUCUGGCAUGUUUCAUUAGAAAACAACUCAUUUUGUCGACCAUGCUCUUUAUAAUAGGCCUAAUAUGCUUUUCUUGAGUAGUGCAUGUCAUGUAUUGAGGCAAUCUCUCUAUGUUUGGAUCCGUUUGGAUGAUAGAAACAAGAUUGCAUUUGCAGAUAUAUUGUUUUUUUAAUGAUCUCCAUAAAUAUCAUAAGCAUCAGCCAAUAAAAAGCUAGCUACUUUUAUGAUGAUGGUAUUUUAGAUGACUUGCCAUUAACCUUCAAAAUGAAAUACCGGUAUUGUAACUUUCUCUGUUGGAACUGCUUGCAUGGAUUGUCUUUGAGUUCAAAGUUGUCAUUAAAGAUACUUUAUAGUGGGAAUUGUAAGAAUGAUUGCAAUUAUUAAUUCAAAUUUGCGAUGAUGAAUCCAUUUUAACGACUGCAAAUCAGUUAUAGCUCCUUUCAUGAAACGCCCACCAUCAUGUCCUUAUUUUAAGUAAUUUCAUAAUGAUUGAAUAAGAGAGCUAAAAUUGAAUUGCAAUUGAUUGCUAGUGUUAUUGAAUGCAUACUCAAACUUGCUGUACAGUAAGCCAAUCAGCAGAGGUGUAAUUACUGUGGUUAAUCCUGAUUGGCUAAUCAUGAUUGCAAAUUGUUUUGCAUUCAGGUUGAUGCAAUGAGUAUCUCAUCGAUUUGAAAUCAUGUUUUGUAUGUCUUUUUUGGCAUUCAUGCACCUUUUUGAAGGUGGGCAAAUAUCUUUGGGAGAAAAUCCAAAUGUUACAUGUAGUGUCUUGAUUGUACAAAAAUUAUUAUUGUAUUCAAAUGUCUUUGAAACAAAUUUUUGUACAUAUCUCUCAUUUUAUCUAAUUUUAUCUAAUUUUGUAAUUACAAUUUGCAAUUUAAACAGUAUGCUUCUUAUUACAAUUGUGUCAUAUGUGACAAAAGGAAGUCAGUAACAUUCAAUGAUCAAUUAAUUUCUGAAUCUUUGUUGUUUUGUGUAAAAAAAAAUGCCUCAAUCUCUUAAAGCUUUCUGUUUAAACAUCUCAUAUUCCUGUACAGUAUAUCAUGAUAAUUCUAUUGAUAAAUCUUGUAUAUAAAAUAUAUAUUAUGCAGUGAUGAUAUCUCAGAUUUGUCAUCUUUUCUGUAUUCUGUAUCUGUCAAGAAUUUGAAGGACGUUAUAAUGAAGUUAUAAAGUACCCCAACUCUUUCUUACCAUGGUCAAUUUUUUGGGUAUAAUUACCUUCAAUAUCAAAUGUUCAUGGGCAUUUUUAGAAAUCAAUGCAUUUGACAGUAACACUAUUUCAAUAAUUUAUUGUAAUGAUGUCUUUUCAUUUUAAUUUUAUUAUAAUAUUCCUGUCAUUUUGGGAGGUUCAGAAUAUUUCUGGAGAUAUAUUUAACAAGUUGUGUUUAUGAAUAUUGGUUGAGUUGGAUACUCAUUUAAUCCAGAUAUUACUUUAAUGAGAGAAUCAGCGGACAAUAUGUUGUUUGUUAAAUUUUACAUAAUUAAUGUAUUCGAGGAAUAAACACAUGCUGAAGGAAUCUUUGUUCCCACAAAUUAUCAUUCAUCCUAAGAAUACAUUUUUGCAAAUGGAUUUAUAAAGUACCAUGCUAAAAAUAGUAGGAUCGAUCAGGAGCGUUUGGCCAAUUCUCUUUGUCACAACAAGGCAUGGAAUCUCUUGUAUUGUGAUUAUCCAACUGGGACUGGUUCGGCCAAACUUUUCCUGAUCAAUGACUCUCCGUCAACCAAAAUGACAAAGAUAGCAUGUGACAAAUUUGCUGGAGUAUCAGAAUGGAUGUCCUUCACAGUGUUGUCAAUCAAAUGGUCAGUGAGUACCACAAUGCGCCCAAAUGAAUCUCUUAGUAGUAGCUGUACUCUCUUCAAUACAGACUACCAACCUGGCCCGCCUGACCUGUUAUAAAUUAGACACUUUCUCCCAACCCAAGUUUUCUAGAUUUUAAGAAAAUGUCUCACUCGUUCUUUGUUCUCAAAUCCAAUAACUGAAAAAACACAGCUAUUAUUUUCCGAAAGAAAUAAGUAAACCUAGCCGACCACAGUAGAUGGUCGGUGCGAUGAAUAAAAGAAUUAAUGUGCACAUAUUACAAUCCUGAGUAUUAAUUUAAAAAAGAAAUUCCCCACAAGAAGAUAAAAUGGUAAAAUAUGAAAACUUGGUUGUUUGCUAGUGGUUAAUUAUACAUGUAGUAGUCUGCAGGCACAGACCCUGACACUACAACCAACAAAUGGAUUUUGAGACAAGUCCAGAAUCAGUUAGAAUUUACUUGUACCACACAAUACACACUUCAAUUAAGCCUCCAGUGGGCUUAAAAGUCAGACCUUAUUAGUGUGUUUCGAGACGGACCGAGGGAUCCGCAAGCCCGGCGGCAAGCUGUGAUUGUAGGGCCGUUGAUUGUAUUAUCAAGGAAUGGUUUCAGGACAGAACAGAGCAAUGUAAUAAAUAUUUUUGUAUAAUCCA